AUGAGCGCCCCUAUGAGCAUGGAAGAAUGGCAGAAUCGCCUUCGAGCCCAAAAGAAACAAGACCGCGCCAGCAUUACAAAAUCAGCAGAAAUACUGCACACUUAUCGAGGUGGAAUCAAAGCAGAAGAUGAAAUCCAAAGGAAAAUUCGUCUAGAGGAACAACAGAAAAAGAAAGACGCCGAGGAAAACCUGCGCAAUUUUCGACCCAACAAGGAAACUAUUGACGCAUUGGCGCCCCCCGACACUGGCCGUCGUACUUCGCUGACGUCUCCCAAGUACGAUGGACCACUUCCCGAGUGUGUGCAACCCCCUUCGAAGGACGAUCCACGGAAUUCCAUCACUGCAGGAGCUGUUUCAUCCAUUGCCGCAAAUUUCACGGGUAGCAGCACUCUGACUGCACCAAGCGCAAAGCAAUCGAGUUCUAGAGCCCUAGGAGAAAGUUGGAAAGCAGGAGAUACUUAUAGAGGGGGAGAGAGCUUCAGAACAUUUGGGGAUAUCAAAGAAGGCAGCGUGUCAGCUCCAGACCCAUCACAACAGCAACAACCACCACCAGCAGAUCCAGCAUCUAAAACACCCACUUCUACCGUUUCUGCGGGACAUUCAAGUCACUCCCGAAGAAGUUCGCACACCAACACCACAGCAACCAAUGACUUUUCGGCACCGACGCCCUCCAACGAAGAAUUUAAUGCACCCACCCCCAUGAACAACGAGUUUGCCCCGGGCAACAAUGGAUUUUCGGCACCCACACCAACUGCUGAUGAGUUUGGUGCACCUUCCCCAACUGGCAAGGAAUUCACAUCGGCUUCACCAACCGCGUUCAACAAUGUGACAGCAGGCACUAACAAUCCUGCGGAUACUGGAGAAGUAUUUGACUUUAGUAGCAGCCCCAACAAUGCUUUCGCAACGACAACCACCGACAACGCAAUGGCCCUAGACAACAGUGUCACUUCAGAGGAUCGUCGACGCGCCGAUAUUAAUUUUUCAUUCGGUCUCAUUUCCACCAAAGCACAACCUACUCUCCAUGCAUACAUGAGUGCCGUGCAAGAAGUUGUCCAGACAGCUUUGGCUGGAAACAGAGAAAUGGGACAGCUCAUAAUUUGCGACCCUAACGUGCGUCCUGUUGUACACGAGAUUCAAAAAGAUGAAUCCUAUUCUGAUCCUGGUGGUCGAACUCAUAUCCAAAGAGUGCUUGUCAGAGCUGUUGUUCCCGUCUUUCUGACCAAGGGAAUCACCAACAAGAAGGCACGUUCCUUCCUUAUUCGGGCAUUAGCAGACGCUUUGAGGAAAGGAUACUUUCUGCAAGUUGGGGAACGGCUGCAGUAG